GUGCGUGUGCGUGUGUGUGUUCGUGCGUGCGUGAGUGUGUGCUUUAGUGUACGUGUAAACACAAAAAUAUGCGUGCAAUAUGAUGACCGCUCCUGUGCAGAAACUAAACAUAAAAAAAUAAUAGCAAAAUAAAACAUAUGGAAAACAUAUUCUCGAAGAACUGCGUACGUUGGCUCGUAACUCGCUCUGCACUCCGCAAUGACCACGACCCACCGACUCCCGACUCCUCCCCAGGCCCAUCGACUACCCCCGGCGCAUCCCUGCUACGUGACGAGCGAGGAGAUGACACCGCGCGUCCGGGGACAAAACGUCUGGAACCCGGGCGAGGCUCAGCUUCGCAUAUCUGGCGUGUGGUAUGAGGUGCCGUGUGAAACGCCCCAGACGGCGGCCGGUGGGCCUCGCGGAGUAAAGUACCCCUCUCUCGCGCACUCGCUGCCACCACCACCGCGACCACCCGCCCGUCACUGCCACUGCCAGGCUCCGGAGUGCCGUGUCAGGGGCAAGGAAGAGGGACCUGGGACAAGGAUCGGGAUGGAAUUAAUGAGGGCUCUUCAGGGACAAGCCAGAUCACAAGUGUGGCGGAUCUUUCUCACUAUCUCCUUUCCCCGAAGCACGCAGCGCCCGCGCUUUGCGUCAUGCCGACGUCAUCGACACGUAGCCGUGACGUCACUGCUGCACACGGGCCCCAACCAAGGAUUCACUUACAAUAAGCUUUCACAACUUUUAAUGUCCUCAUUAGUGCACUGUUAUAUAAAGAGGUAUUAAGACGAGAUGCAUUUGCUCUUGUGUCGUUUGGGAAAAUAAUGAGAAAUAAACUAUUUGUAAAUCAUCUCCUUAAAGGUGAGAUGUUGCGCACGGCCCCACGAGGCUGAGGGAGAGCGGUGGACGUCAGCCAAAAUACCAGCACGAGGUAGUCAUACAACCCUACAUUGUGGAUCUUCACAAUCAUGGAUAGUGAAAAAAAAACAUUAAAUCACCCGCAGUCGGACUAUGCCGAUUCAAGCGGAACCAUGCCUUGAAUUCGUUUUCAAACUAUUUUUUGUAGAAUACAAUGAAUUGUAUAGCCUCCGCUA